GCAGCUCCUAUUGUGUUCUGAAUGUUGACUACAAUCCGUUGAGCUGUGACCACCCCGUCGAGUAAUACAAAAAUAGGACGACCCACUAGACUGUUUUUUAAGUUACGAAGUGCACUUGGUUCGACUCAAGUAGAUUUCUGACAAGAUUAGACUACACGCAUAUGUUCGAAUUACAACAAAGGAUGGAUGUGUGAUUGUAAAUAACGGGAUAACAAUUCGUCGCCAUUUGAAUCGUUCUGAUGCUAAAGAUCACACCGAGUUCAAAGAUGAAGACCGGAGAACAAUCUCCAAGUCGUAAACUCGUGGUAAAGUACAUUCAACCUUCACCGCAUUCUAAACCAACGGGAAAACCUACACCGCAGCAAUUUAGAAGUCCUCAGAAAGUUGUACAAAUAUCUGUUCCCCGAGCGGGACUCCAGGCCGCACAAAACGCACGAUACUCGAAAAACCAAACUGGAUCGAAAUGCCAAAUAAAGAUGCCAUUAAUCCAAGUGAACAUCAACAAAUUCGGAAUCCAGGGGAUGCCGGAGGCAUGGGCACGUCUCCUCCAAGUGUCAAACAUCACCCAGGCCGAACAGAAAAAGAACCCACAGGCGGUUCUGGAUGUACUGAAUUUCUAUGACAGUAGUAAAGACAAAACUGAGCCCACCAAGUUCUGGACAACUGUCAAGCCUGCCUAUGCUCACAAGCAUCGAUCCUCCUCUUCUUCAUCUGAGCAUAUCUGUUCCCAUCACAAGAUUCCCCAUGAUACCAGUAGCCCAUGUACCUCGCCAAGCCAGGACCCAUCAGCCCCACCCCUUUCUUGUUCCCCUUUUGCUUGCUCCUCAGCUAAAAGCCAACAACAACAACAACCACUAAACCGUAAAGGAAGCUUUCGCUUAAAACUCAAACGGAGCUUAUCAAAGAAGCGCAGGAAAUCCCUGCCUUCUUCGACCUGUAACCAUUGUAAUGAUUGUAAAGAGACUUUAAAAACUAAAGAACCAAGCCGUAAACAUUCGACACCGGCCAGGACUGGGUCACAGCGAGAAUCUACCGAGAGGGUACCAUCUGUGUCGAGAUCUGAUACUUCAAGUUCACUUACGGGUUCGUCACCGGCGUCGCUCGGCGAUGAGCUUGAAUCCACCCUUAGUCUUCGUUCUGAACCCAUACGCACAAGUAACGAUUCCUCAAAGCUUAAUUCAUCUCCUUCUAAAGGCCAGACUCAACCAUCCAGUAGGCCACCUAUUGGGGAGAACACGUACGUCCCCCCUCCGCCUCCACAUGCUACGCCUACACAUACAAUAACUGAACACGGGUCAAGUAAUUCAGUCAAUGACGAUGCACAGCCUCCAGCUAUACCAUCACGGCCAGAGCACACAAAAUCUAAGUAUAUACCGAAUGAACCAGUGACCAUAAAGCCGAAAGAUGAUGAAAAAGCCAGUGAUCACCCAGCCAAGCCAUCUCAUGGGCAAGUACAAGCCCGGGACAAAAGGAAGAAGAAAAUGUCAGAUGAGGAAAUCCUAGCUAGACUCAGAACUAUAGUCAGCAUCGGUGAUCCUAAAAAGAAAUAUACAAAGUUUGAGAAGAUUGGUCAGGGAGCCUCUGGAACUGUGUACACAGCCAUAGAAGUUGCAACUGGGCAUGAGGUUGCCAUCAAACAGAUGAACCUUUCCCAGCAGCCAAAGAAGGAACUGAUCAUCAAUGAGAUUUUAGUCAUGAGAGAGAAUAAACACCCAAAUAUUGUCAACUAUGUUGACAGUUACCUAGUCGGCGAGGAACUCUGGGUUGUCAUGGAGUACCUUGCUGGUGGCUCCCUGACAGAUGUUGUGACUGAGACAUGUAUGGAUGAAGGGCAGAUAGCUGCCGUCUGUAGAGAGUGUUUACAAGCCCUUGAGUUCCUACACAGUAAUGGUGUGAUCCAUAGAGAUAUCAAAAGUGAUAAUAUUCUUCUUGGUAUGGACGGGCAAGUAAAGCUAACUGAUUUUGGCUUUUGCGCUACCAUUACCCCUGAGCAGAAUAAACGCUCCACCAUGGUUGGCACGCCCUAUUGGAUGGCACCGGAAGUCGUCACGAGAAAACAGUAUGGCCCCCGGGUUGAUGUGUGGAGUUUAGGAAUCAUGGCCAUAGAAAUGGUUGAGGGGGAACCGCCAUAUCUGAAUGAAAAUCCACUCAGAGCGUUAUAUCUCAUCGCCACGAACGGCACACCUGAACUUGCGCACCCAGAGAAGCUUUCGCCAGUCUUCAAAGACUUCCUUGCUCAGUCACUAGAGAUGGAUGUAGAAAAGCGCUCCUCUGCACGGGAACUAUUACAACACCCGUUCUUGAAGCAAGCCAAGCCACUAGCAAGUUUGGUGCCCCUCAUCUUAGCAGCCAAGGAGGCCACUUCAAGGGCUCACUAAUCCAAUAUAUUAGACCCCCCUCUACCAGCAAAAAUUGCUCGGAGAGGGACAUGCGACUAUGCCGCUAGGUUUCUUUUAAUUAUUUUCAUUUUUUUUUAGAAAAUUAAAUAUAAAAGAAUUUAGUUCAUCACGACAUUACCUCGAAAGUGAUAAUAUCCCCGGGGCGUUUUUACAGUUUAUUUGAGUAUUUUUUCAAUCAUCAAAAAAGAAAAUUAAUAGCGCUAAUUGGCUCUUUUACCGUAAUGACCUCAUUGUAUGUACAAAGCGUGAGAGAUUGGGCAAAGAGUUUAUCCGCGGGGAACUGUAAAUUUUUAUUGAAUUUCGAUUUUUAUAUUGCUAUAUAACGUUCAGAUUUAGACUUUAGACUUAGAGUCGUUGCCUGAUCUGUAUAGAUAUAAAAGCAAUGAAAAGGAGAGGGAGACGACAAGUGGGCUUCCAUUCUAGUGUAAUGCAUUAUUUACUGAGAAGAUAAAAUAUGGAUGUAGAACUCCAGUAUAGCUAUCGUUAUCUGCCCAAUGCAAGCAAAUGCCAGAUACAUUAAGCCUUUAAAGCUCAAGUUCGUAUUUUUUAAGCCGUAUCAAUGCAAAUAAACUAAAUCGACUAUAUUUCGACUAAAUUUACAGGUAUUUGCAUUGGUACAGCUCAUGAAAAAAUUACGACGUUUGAAUUAUGCGGUAUAUUGCUUGUUGUGCGUUGUUUAAGCCUGAAUGUUUGCGGACAAGAGCUUGGGUACAUUGCUUGUUGUGCGUUGUGUUAGCCUGGAUGUUUGCGCACAAGAGCUAGGGCACAUUGCUUGUUGUGCGUUGUGUCUAAUGACGUGUGCUAUUGUCAUUCUAGCAAAAUACCAAAAAAUCAAUUCCAUCGGUUGAUUUGGAGCAGCUAUUGCAAAGUUUUCGAUUGAAAUUUGUAAAUAACAUAUAAAAAAUGUUUUAGACUUGCUAUCGAGGUUAUUUUGACAUUUGUUUCAAAUAAUUUGACUUCUAAUUUAGAAUGAAAACAAUAAUAUACUUAUGGCUGACAAAGAUACUUAAAACGCGUCAAGAACCAUGGUUGGGUUUUUGCUCAAUGGAUCCAGUAAAGAUUGUAAUACCCUUUCCCCUGUGUCCGCUCCUCACCCCUAUGGUCUGCCCCUGUUUUUGUUACUGUUAGGGUAGGGCAGAGCGUUUGCCUUUUACUGGUAGAAAGAAUGCGGUGCGCUGGUCGGUGUUAAGACAGAUUAGCAUCAGCAUGAAGUUUAUUGCAGUGUCUCUGAAAUAAUAAACCCGUAGCACUUAUAAGAGAAGAAAGAGCAAAGGUAUAAAUUCGGCUUCACUUUCUCGUUACAUGGAGCUCUGUUCUACUGCCCGUUUCUUGGAAUUUGUGCCCAGGCUGAACCGUUAUCGAGCAGAUUCUACAACUUCUUGGACAUGAUUAUAAUUGUCGAUAUAGCGCUAAUCUAUUUCAUGAAAUAUAAAGGAACAUUCAUAUGUCAGUCAUUUUUGCAAGGACGGUGUGUGGUACUUGUUUCUUUAUUGUAGUGUAAUUCAUGGAAAAAAAACUCUUGGAAAUAAAACCUACUAAAGAAUUA